AUGCGUGCUCAAACACCACAGCAAAGGAAGGCCAACGAAAGGUACGCGAAGCAGGAAUCUGCAAAGCGUGGUAAAGGCAAGACAGUGGUCAAGUCAAAGCAGACUCCAAGGUCGCCUGUGUCCACUGUGUGGGUGGCCAUUCUCGCGUUCGUUGUCUGUGGAGGAAUCUUCCUUGAGGUUCUGGGGAUCGUACCGAAGCUUUGGUCCACCAUCGUCGCAAGCGUCAGCCGCUUAAUUCUCUGAAACCAGGAAAGCUUGUAAAGACCGUUUAAGUUGCUUUCAAAAACAGCGGCGGCGAUAAUAGUGAUGCACCUAACUGAUAUCCCAAGUCUCUUGUUUUGCGUGCUACCGACGUUUUGGUAUCUUGUUAUUUGUCAUGCCGUGAAAAGCGCAGGUCGCAUGUGCGGAACUUCGAUUAGACACUACUAUGGUGACUACCUGAAUUUAUGUCUCUUAAUUUCAAGUUAUAUUGAUUGACAGUCAUCCUCAAGGAGACAUCACCACCCCAUGAUUCUUGGCCCUCUUCUUCUUCGGCUUGCGCUGGCUAUUUCCAUCUACAACUAAUUCAUGC